CAAGUCCCUUAAACACACACAAACACACGCUGACACACUAACAUCAAGUUAGACGUACACAUUGAUUGACGGAUUGAUAAACAUCAUACCACCUGGAAUGGCAAUAAAAGAGGAGCUGAGGAGCCGUCAGUUUUGGCAGGGGAUUCUGGCAGAGAUCCUGGGUUCUCUGGUCUUUGUGUCGGCUGUGUUGGGUUCUUUAGUCCCGGGGCAGGACGGGGUCUCCCCAGGGCCCAUUUACCCAGCACUGGCUGCUGGUAUGGCAACUGUGGUUCUGGGAUAUUGCUUUGGUGAAAUCAGUGGGGCACAGGUGAAUCCUGCUGUGACUGUGGCCCUUAUGGCGACACGGAAGGUGGAUGUGUUCAGGGCUCUGGUUUAUAUGGUUGCUCAGUGUUUGGGUGGAAUACUGGCAACUGGUCUGCUUUAUGUCUGCCUGCCCCUGAAGUCCACAGCACAAAACUACAUUAACAAGGUCCCAGUAGACAUGAAUGCAGGACAAGCUCUUGGGAUGGAGAUGCUGGCCACAUUUCUCUUGGGUUUUACAGUAUUCUCAGUGGAAGAUCAACGCAGGAGAGAAGGCAGUGAACCGGGAAACUUGGGCAUUGGGUUCGCUGUAACCACUGCCAUCUUCAUUGCUGGUAGAUUCUCUGGUGCUAGCUUGAACCCGGCUCGGUCUCUCGGUCCAGCUAUAAUACUGGGAUACUGGGAACACCACUGGGUUUACUGGAUUGGACCAAUAUUAGGUGCAGUUCUGGCUGGACUGUCUCACGAGUUCAUAUUUGCCCCCAGUGCAUCCAGACAGAAGUUGGUGGCUUGUCUCACAUGUAAAGACAUUGACAUUGUGGAGACAGCAAGCGUAUCACGAUCUUCCCUGUCCACUGUCACACAAAGUGCCAUGAGAAACAAACAAAACAACAAACUUGAGCACAGCUAAACUAAACUUAAACUGAGACCAGCACACACAAAUGUAAAUGUUUGUUGACCACCAACUUGUGUAAGAUUAGUGCAUAGAACCACAUUGGACCAAACUUGUAAUCCUGGGUUACUUAGUUCCAUCCUUCACACUGUCUAUAAUUUAUGCUGGAAGAGUUCACUGUAAAAAAACGUAGUUUUACAGAUUUUUACUGUUUUAUUUACAGAUGUUUCACGUAUUUUUGAAAUACGUCAAAUAACAGAAAAAGACUGCAAAUGAAAAGCAGGGAAAACGUAAUUACGAGAAAAAACUGUUAUUUUACGGUAUAUUUCUGGCGCCCCAGCUGCCAGAAAAUAUCUGGUUUUUUAAGGGGAUUUUUUAGUCUAUUUUUGAAAUGUAGUCAUAAACCGUUAAAUUACAGAAAAACACCGCAAAUUUACAAGUAAAACAGAGGAAACAGAUGUCACUUUACAGGGAAAAAAGAUAUUUUGCGAAAUAUUCAUGUUUUUUACAGUGUAAUUUACACUGUUUACUUUUGACUGUGAGCUGGGUUUUAGCAUGACUAACUUAAGAUUAGUUGAUUAACUUAAAAGCGACCCUUCUAUCAUAUUUUAGUUGCGUGACAGUGGCUGUUUUCAUAAUAUUAUAUAUUUUUGGCACAUCAACAGGUGAUAUAGUGUGACAAAAUCCACAGAACUUUGAAAACGUCCAAAAUCAAUUUCUCAGAAAGUCAUCUCCCUCAUAUACUGUAUAGCGUUAAGUCAUUUCAGUGAAUUUGUUUAUUUGGAUAGUUCUUGUAAAUUAACCUAUUCACAGAUUCAUUCACUGCACAGACUUUCUUUCUGUAGUUUAAAUAGUUGUUGUUUGAAUGUGUUUUGAAAUAGACUAUAUUGUGAAGAAAAUGAAAAUGUCUCAUGAUUUUAAAUCAAGUUCUGUUCUGUUAUGACUCUCCAGCUCCCAGAAUAUAACAUCUCUAUUACUGUCAUAUUUGUGUAAAUAUUCUUUAAAAGCUGUUUUCAGGGUUUAUUUAAUACACCGUUUUUUUGGUGGAUCAGAAGAUGUACACUUUCACUUAGUAUUGUCUUGAGCUAUCUAUGAAUAUAAUGCUGCAUUUGCUGAUAAACUUCAGCUUUCAUAGGGGUAGUUUUAAAAGUGCCAAAUCUUUGCCUAUGUGGCUUAAGCUUGUUAUUUUGGUCCAAUAAUAUUUAAGCGAUUCUAUCUAAAGCAAAGAAUCUGAUUUUUGGAUGGAUUUCAUACCAAUAUAUCAACUUUAGUUUAAAGUGUUUAAUGCUUUUGAAGUGUUAUGUAUAUCUGCAAAGCUGGUAUAAUAGUAUCACUAUACCUUAUUUCA